UUUUGAAAAGUAAUUGUAUCCAUGACGUCAUCUGACCGCGACAUGCCACACGCUGAUGAACCUUCCAGCAAUGUUUACGUCCUUAAACACCCAAACCUCUCGUGUAUGUCUGGUUUUUCAUAGAUAUUUGGGUACUUUACGUCAUUUGGAGUCCUCGACCAGGAUGUGGACCCUCAGUCGGUUGUUCCGGCGUCCAGGACUGUCCCGGGUCUCUGUUGGGUUUCACUGUGGUUCUCAAGGACCACUCACCACCACAGCAAAGAGGACGGGAGUUCUAUCCUCACAACAUCAUCGUGUAUUUGAUAUUUUGUCACCUGCUUGCAGAUAUGAGCCAUGUUUGAGCAGCUGCAGAGGAUUCUCAACUUCACCCAGUUUUAAAAAUGACGCCAUCGGUCAAAUCCAGGCGACGCAUUAUCAGCUCAUCUACACAUGCAAGGUCUGCUCCACGAGGUCCACUAAGAAGAUAUCAAAGUUGGCUUAUCACAAAGGUGUUGUGAUAGUAACAUGUCCAGGAUGUGAAAAUCACCAUAUCAUCGCUGACAACCUCAAAUGGUUCUCUGACCUGGAGGGGAAAAGAAACAUAGAGGAAAUCCUUGCUGCCAAAGGAGAGACUGUGAAGAGGGUUGCAGGAAGUGCUGCUCUGGAGAUAGUUCUGGAUGAAUCCAUCAAGGACAAGUCUCAACCUGCUGAUGAAGACUCUGAGAAAUCAGACAAGGACAAAGAAUAACAAUAAUGCUGUCUUGUGUUAUCUAUUAUGUAUGUAUUGGAAAUUGUGAAUGGUUAAUUUUAUAAUAAAAACAUAUUAAUUUUCAUGUUUUUGUUGAUUCAGAGCAAUGUUAAGGAACAUUUGUGAGACAAGUUGUUAUUUCAUAUAGUGUUUGCAUAAAGAGCUGUAAAAAAUUUGGAAACUACAUGCCAGAGGUUUUUAGCUGAAAUUAAAGGUUUUCAGAGAAAUAUAAUUUAAUUAAAUGUUUUCUGUUAUUAUAUCACAAUAUAAUCUACUUCUACAUGUAUUAUAUUUAAGUUGUUUUUAAUGUGAAAGAUGAUGUACCUUUUCCGCGCCAAAACCGUCCUCUGUUGACACUGUGGUGUAGUUUGAGAUCUCGCCAGAUCUCGCGAGAACAGCUCAUUGUUGUUGCUAAAGAUAGCGCAGCUGGUAGUUAGUGAAGCUAUCUAGACUUCUGCAGUCUUUCUUUCACUGUGAGACUGCAAUGGAUGCUCUAGGAGCCCAAGAGGAGGCAGAGAGGCCCCGACAUCAUCCUUUCCUUAUCGGGGUGAGCGGAGGAACAGCCAGCGGCAAGUCAACAGUCUGCGCCAAGAUCAUGGAGCUCCUGGGCCAGAACAAGGUGGACCACCGCCAGAGACAGGUGGCUAUUAUAAGCCAGGACAGUUUCUACAGAGUCCUAACGCCAGAGCAGAAGAUGAAAGCACUGAAGGGCCAGUACAACUUCGAUCACCCGGAGGCAUUCGACAACGACUUAAUGUACAAAACCUUGAAGGACAUUGCGGAGGGACGGGUGGUUGAAGUUCCAACGUAUGAUUUCGUCACUCAUUCCAGGUUGGACGAAAGGAUCACGGUUUACCCGGCAGACGUGGUGCUCUUUGAGGGGAUCCUGGUCUUCUACACCCAGAAAGUGCGAGAUAUGUUUCACAUGAAGCUCUUUGUGGAUACAGAUUCAGACGUCAGACUGUCUCGCAGAGUUCUUCGAGACAUGAACCGAGGGAGAGACCUGGAGCAGAUUCUCACUCAGUAUACAACGUUUGUGAAGCCUGCUUUUGAAGAGUUCUGUUUGCCUACAAAGAAAUAUGUGGAUGUCAUCAUUCCAAGGGGAGUUGACAAUAUGGUCGCAAUCAACCUCAUCGUACAGCACAUCCAAGACAUACUGAACGGCGACAUCUGUAAAUGGCAGCGUGGGUCCAUCAACGGUCACGGGCGAGGUUUCAAACGCGCCGUUUCCGAGCAGGGCGACCUGCAGAACGGAGCCGCCAACCCUCCGGUAAAAAGGGUCCUGUUGGAACCGAGCUGUCGACCCCACUGAGAAAAAAAAAGCGUGGGAACGUGGGAUGUGUCCGGACUGUGAAUGUGAGGCAUUGAGCUGAGGUUGUUGCUGCUGCUGCUGCUGAUUUGGUGCAGGAUGGCAUUCGGUGCCGCAACCUCUUCAUGUUUAAGGUUUUGUUGGUGCAGAACCAAAAUUCAAAGUGAUAAUGCUUUCCACAUGUAACGGUACAAACGAGUAUUAGGGACACAAUGGAGAAGUUUCUGAUGUGUUAAGAAUGAAGUCUCGAUGUUAUGAAUAAGGUCUUAAUGUUGUGAGAGAGUCAAGAUUCUACAAGGGAAUAGUUGUCUUAUUAUAAGAAUACAAACAACUUCAUUGCGGUUCUUUUAUUUUUUUAAAAGUCUGUUUUAUGCUGUGCUUAGCUUGUAUCUUAUUUUGAAAGGGAAUAACAGGAACUAGCUGCUUGCGCUUAAACGAAGAGUUCAGAGUUUCUUGAAAAGUGAUUCUUCCUGUAAAUUUCACAAAAACAUGAACUCUGAAAAGAUUGAGAAACUGACAGACUAUGUUUCUCAUAAAGUUGUGACUUUAUUCUACUUAUAGAACUCUAUUUUCUCAUAAAAUUGAAACUCCUCUCUUGUAAUAUUAAGACUUUAUUCUCCUAUUGCAUCUUGAUUCUGGUGAUCUCAGAGUAACCUUUUCUUACCGUGGCCCUAAUACUCACAUAACAGUCUUCCAUGACGCUGUUUGGUUCCUCAGUUUUUGACUGUAGUCAGACGACUCCUGAAUGAAAGUGAAGACAUCGUGUUUAAAGUUUGGAAGCAUUGUUGAAACUUUUAAUGUCAGUCACGCUUUGCACCUUAUAUUUAUAUCUGCUUUAAUUGAGAUGAUUAUAUUUAAAGAAUAUAGAUACUCACGUUUUUAGGUGUUUUGUUGCUGUUUUUUGUUUUGAACUUCUGUAAACUAGUCUGCCAAAUGUCUCAGCAGUGUCACAACACAUUCAUCGAGUGCUUCCUUUUGAAUUAUUUACAGUUGAAUACACGCCUUAAUUUUUUUAAGUUAAUUUUCCACUGACCAUUCUGUACGACAAUAAAUGAAAAUCUGCCACAAAAUGU